AAUUGCAUAAGAGUUUCACCUUGGGUCUCUGCAUCAUAAGCAUGUCGCAUGUGUGAUCGCCAUUAGUUUGAUUCUCUUCGACUUCGUAUAUGCUUUGAACUUUUUAAUAACGGUUGUGCUGCUGGUGCCGUGUGCAUUUGCAGCUCGUCAAGGCGAUGGAGAAGGCGACAUGGAGCGUAACGUGCAGGGAGAAGGCAGAGGUGAAGGCCCAGGUGGCGGCCGCUAUGGAGACGCUAGAGGGAGCUUUGAGAGAGUGCUCCAAGCCCUUCUUUGGAGGCGAUAGCCCCGGAUAUGUGGAUGUGGUGCUCGGUGGCCUUCUUCCAUGGCUGUGCGUCACCGAUAAGAGACAAGCCAGUGUGAAGACCUUCGACCCUAUCACCACGCCGCUCCUACUCGCGUGGCAGGACCGCUUCUGUUCGUUGAAAAAGGUUCAGGGACUCAUGCCAGAUGUGGGCGAGCUGGUCGACUUGGCCAUGCCGGUGCCUACUCACUGCUCGCGUGAAUCCCUGCAAGUUAUUUUAAUUUUGUCUUCACUUCUUGUGCAAAUUGCGACUGCAUGUAGUAGUUGAUUUUAGGUGACGAAAGAGGGGAGCUGUAUGGUGAUUCCUUUUGUUCUGACUUCCACUGCCUAGUGUUGAGAAUGUUACCGUAUCGGUGUUGCUAUAUUUUGAAAGGUGCUGUCUUGGUGAGCAAGACAG